AUGCCCGACGUCACCAUACAUGGCAAGACAGUGGAUGAUCAAUCUCGGUGUGUUCACUGGCAUCUGCCGAACGACGUAAUAGCCAUCAAAUUCAAGUGCUGUGCCACAUACUUUGCCUGUUUCGAGUGCCACCAAGAAUUAAGUUCCCAUUCCUUGCAGAAGUACGAUCUUCACGACGAUACUGAUGAAAAGUUGAUCGUGUGUGGAGUUUGCCGUCAUGAGAUGACAUUCGCGGAAUACCAUAACGCUCAACUCGUCUGCCCCAAUUGCCAAUCUCCCUUCAAUCCAGGUUGCAAACUACACUACCACUUGUACUUCCAUAAUCCGCCUUCGAUGACUUGUUGA